AUGAUAGUUUUUCUUUUGCUUGCCCUAGCGCAGGCCGAAGUGAUUUGCGAUUACGAUGAACCAUGUCUUAAAGCUUGCACGGAUACUGUGUGCGAAUACUACUGGAACAUUGAAAACCGAUUCUCUCAAACAUGGCGGACAACGGAUUUUGGCGAAAACCGAAGUUACCCUAAGGGAGCUCUGAGAGACUUUCCGAUUCAGUGGAAUAAAACAAAGAACAAUUUCGACAUUAUCCAAGAAGGAAUCAACGUCGACGUCAACGAGGUUAUUGACGAAAAUGGAAAUGUUCGAGAUCCUCUUGACGAUCUUGAGAAUCUUCUGCUUCUGGACGGGCAGCGGAUGCGCAAAGUGAUCACAAUCAACGGCCAGAUCCCGGGUCCAAACAUCAUUGUCAACAAAGGAGCACUUGUGAAGAUUCACGUUAAGAGCACAAUGCAUGAAGAAUCAUUUACUCUCCAUUGGCACGGCUUGCAUCAACUCGACAACUACUGGAAUGACGGCGCUGCUAUGGUCUCCCAAUGUCCAAUCGACGCUCAUAACGAGUUUACAUACGUCAUGAGAGCUGAAAACAGCGGCACCCACUGGUACCACUCGCACUACAUCAUCCAGCGCGCUGACGGACUCCACGGAGCGUUCAUCAUUUUGGAAGAAGACGAAAAGGACGAAGAGAUAAGCUGGAUGCCACUGGUUGUGACGGACUGGUGGAACACCGAUUCGACUUUUUUGGCUGGAAACGAUCCGUACCGAUAUGGAAAUACUCUUGGAAAGCGCAUGACUGGUUCAGGGUUGAAAGCUUGCCGCACUGAUGAAAAAUCAUUCAUGACGGGCGUAAAAAUGAGCACUUUUUGCGUUGACUCAAUCGUCGCUAACGGAAGAGGCCAGUAUCGAACAAACGAAGACGAGUUUGAAUUCAGCGUCCUUGAAGAGUAUCGCGUUUCGAAAACAACCACAAGGAUUCAGCUCAAAACAAUUCAUGCUGGUUUCGAACAUCCGAUUCUGGUCCGAGCCGUGGACGGUCGAAAACUUACAAUAACUGCUCAAGAUGGUCGCCGAGUCCUUCCAGAAGAAGGCGAUGGAAUAUUUAUGGGCGUCGGAGAAACUCUGAAUAUUGAAGUCGACUUUCCUCUCGAAGAAGAAUGGAUAGAACUCAUCGCUGAAGUCAUGUUUGAAGGAAUCGGAAAGAAGUCCGAAUAUCACGAAAAACCCUAUGUCAAGAUCACAUUUUCCCGGGACGCUUCAGUGAGUCAAUUUGAAAUAAAAAAACAACUCGUCGCAGCAUACCCAGAAUCGAAUGUAGUAGAGCCGUUCUCUUUUCACACAGAAAAUGAGGUUUCGGAAAAAGUUCUUCUGAAUUGUCCAGCAAAAACGAUCGGAGAUAUGUCUUGCAAGACAGUUGUUGAUUUUAAACGAGAUCCGAAAUACGAGUCGCGUUUCGCAAAUCCGCCACCUUCGAUCGAAGAGAAGCCUGAUCGAGUGAUUGAUGUAAAUAUGAAUUUCGCAAUUGGACCGGCAAUCAAUGGACUCGAGUUCAAAUAUCCAGAGACCCCGUUUUUCUUUGGUGUGGAAAAUACCGAAAAAACGCAGUGCACAGCGGCGAUGAUCGCUGAUGGAGGACAUUGUACUCAGAUUAUUGAGGUGAAGAAGGGAGAGCUUGUUGAAUUCAGAGUUACCGCAGCAGAACAUCUCGAAAAUAUGGCCCGACGAUGGCAGUGGACCUACCACGGAAUUCAUCUUCAUGGAUACGAAUUCGUUGUCACCGACAUUGGCUUUGGAGUUGCCAAUCAAACAACUGGCUUUAUCGAGCAAAUCAACCCAGUUAUUCAUUGCAAAGAUGAUCAAAUAAAAUGCAAUCGCGCAAAAUUUGACGACCAAAUGCUCGAAAAUAUCCGUUCGGACCGGGAUGAUCAUAUUUUAAAGAAUACUGUGAUUGUUCCUGCGAUGGGUUACGUCGUUUUUCGCUUACGCGCGAAUAAUCCAGGAGUGUGGCCUUUCCAUUGCCACCAACUUUUCCAUAACUACGAAGGAAUGGCAGUCGCCCUUUUCGUUAAAGAUGAAGAAGAAAACAAGCCGUUUUCAUACUUGCCAAAAGAGAUGCCUCGCUGCCACAAUUAUCAUCCAAAAGACAUUGCGAUCAACGAAGAGCCAAUUCUCCGAACAAAUUCAAUGAACAAAACUCAGUUUUCUCCACUGCUAUUUGCACUUACCGUCUUCCUUUUCCAUUAUAUAUACUAA